ACGAGUCUGCGCAUGUCAGUAAACACGAAUUCCUGGCGACAAAAUAAACUAACCAAGAAUGGCAAGGUGUUUUGAAGAAAAGAAAAUAGGAGGAUAGCAGCAAUGUGACACGGGAUUUAUACCAAACAUUAACUAAAUAUGAAUUACGGGUUGUUAAACUUCAAGGCUCAAAAUGGCAAACCUGGAAUAUUUUUUACAAAUGAACAAUCUAGGAAAACAGCUAAGAAGGAAUAUUCUUUACGAGUGAAGUCAGCACCCAGUCAUUCAGUUGUUGAUUAUAAAACAAGGAAACAGCCAUUUGAACUGCGCCACCAUCCCAAGAAUUAUGACCGAGUAGAACCAGAAGUGGACAACGUCCUCAAACCUCUCCCUGACGAUAAACAACAGGAACCGGAGAAGCCGAAAAAGCCCGUCAAAAACUUCAUUCAGAAGAACCGAGAAAAAAUCGUCAGGGGCAAGAAGGGAAAGGACGAUGAUAAGAAUGGGACAGUGACCUUGACCCAGGAUCAACUCAAUGCCAUCUUGGCGUCAGUCGGGAAGGUCGCGACAGGAGAGGAGGACGAACUGAAGAUAUCUUUUGAUUCAAAGCAUCAUGAAGUGUUGAUAGAAUCGCCAAGGAGGAAGGAUUAUGACGACGAAACAGAAAAACACCACAGAGAUCGCUCAGAGAAAGAAAACGGUCAUUCCAAGUCCCGCAAAGACCGCCGAAAGAAGGAGGAUGACAGUAUUUAUGCUCUGAUGGGAGGAGAUUCAACCAAUAGAUCCAAGAAAGACAGAGAGAAGAGAGUAGAGCGAGAUUCCUCAGAUGAACGAGAUUACCGUCACAGAAGGUCUCGAGAUAGCUCACAAGAACGAGAUAGAAGAAGUGAUCACGACCAAUCAGAAGAAAGAAAUCAUCGACGAAACAAAAAAUCAAGGGAAGACUCCGAGGACAGGGACCACUCUCGAGAAAGGUACAAACGCUCACACAACAGAGAUCGUAAUCAUGGUCGCGAGCGGGACCGAAAUCCCAGCUUCGACCCUGAUUACGAUCGUAAAAAGAAACAGGAAGACUCUACAGACAGAAUUCUCAAGGACUUGCGCCUCAAGGCAGAGUCUCAGCUACAAAAGAGCCGUGAGAGUGACAAAUUCAGGGAGGCGAAGGUCAAAGACAGUGAAACGAGGGACACUAAAAAGUCUGAGCCCUCCACCAACCACCUCUCCCCUGACCCUAACAUUGAUCCUGUCUCACCACGAGAACUGGCUGGUAUUCCAGUGACCUUGCCGUGGAAGCACAUGACUAAGGCGGAGCGCAGGAGGUUAAUGAUCGCCAGGGAGAAGGUUAUUGCAGAGGCAGAAAAGAAAAAGGAGGAGGAUGGAAAAUCAAGAUGGAGAGAAAUGGUGAAGGAAGAAACAGAGAAGUUACAGACAACAAAGAAAAGGGAAAGCAGACGCCGUAGUCCAAGCUACUCCCCUCCCAGAUCUAGGGAUGGUUCCCGAGAUAGAAGACGUAGUGGAUCUCGAGAUCGAAGAGAAAGGUCAAGGGACAGACGACAUGACAGGAGAUCUCCGUCUUAUGAAAGAAAUGGGUCAAGGUCAAGAGACAGACGACGUAGGUCACACUCUGAUGAUCGCAGGGAUUCACGCUCAAGGGAGAGGAGACAUCAUAGGGACUCGCACUCGAGAGAGAGGAGGAGCUCAAGGGAGAGGUCUCGAGAUGACUCGGCUGACAGGUCGAGACACAGGUCACACAGAAGGUCACCUUCUCCGCCCACUCGACAGGAAGACAAGGUCAGCAGUACCAGCGUCGCAACAGGUGCUAGCAAAAGGCCGCCAACUAACAUGACACUAGCAGAGAAAAAGAAGCUGCAGUGGGAGAAAGAAAGAGCUGAGUCACAGGUGGGAUACACUCCGUGGGGAAGGCCCGGUGCAGGAGCACCCCUGAGGUCAAAGUCUGGGAAACUAGCAGCGGACUACAGAGCUAGACAGGUGGUCAACAAGGAAAAUUAUCCAGAUACAAUUAAUGAAGAAUUGGACACCAUCAAUCAAAAUAGUUCCCAGAAUGCAUCUGAGGCCACCAAAAGCAGACGGGAGAGAAAGGAGAGUCAGAGGGAGGAGGUCCAGAGGAAUGAACAGCUCGCUCCAAGUCAGUCCAAUCGUAAUGUUCCAGCGGCCAUGAGAAGUUCUUUUAUUUUCGGGCAAAUUGCUCCAGAUUCUGAUAGAUUUGAGAAUACUAAAGAACAGGAGCGCCAACAAUGGCUGAAGGAUCUUGAAAGACAAAGAGAGGAAAAGCGUGAACAACAGAUCAAAGACUAUGAGAACACGUUGAAGGGCACCAACACCUGGGCGGACAAGUUUAGCAAUGACUACAGACCUGCGCGGCUACCUGAACAGCCCCCGGAGUCCGUCCACCGGGAUGAUGUGGGGGGCGGGGUGGAGGCGGCCCGUAUCAGUAGCGCCCCGGUCAAUGUGGGUCAGUCACAGGACGACGAUGACGAAGACAAAACUUACAUCCGCGGCCAGAAUGUUUACAUGGAUCCAGUCACAAAGAAAGAGUUGGAGGACAAGAGACUGAGGCAGUUAGAGCAUCAGAAAGCUGUAAUGGAGCAGGUUCAAGAGAAACAAAGACAAAAACAACUGGAGCGUGAACGCAAGAUGGCGGAGGAUGCUGAGGAGGAGCGCAAGCUUCAGGCGGAGCGUGACCGCCUCCAGAGACAGUUUGAAGUGGACCAGAGCAAGCUCAAAGUCAGAGAGAUGAAGAGACAGGAAGAGGUAGAGAGGCUGAAGGCGGCCAUGGAUGAGGCGCAUGAGAAGGCCAUGAGGGAAAAAUACUCACGCAAAAUGCAGCACCUGGAGCAGGGCGGCCAUGACACCACCCAACUGAAGGCCCACCUGGCAGCUGUUCUGGGUGGAGAAUCUACAGAGAGAGAGGCUCCAACAAAUCGGCAAGGUCAUGAGACACUACGGAAUACACAAUCUAUAGCAAAAAUCACUCCAAGAGGGGGCGAAUUUAGAGACCCAAGAGGAGACCCGACCCAUAUCGUACCCUCUCAGGUCCCCGGCUUAGACCUAGAGUUGUCCCCCCGCCUGUUAGGACCCCCAACGGCUCAGUAUACACAGAAGGACUCGUACCAUGAACCUCACUACACAGAGAACCGGGUGCUGACCCCCAACAAGUACAGGCACCACGGCCACACGGCAGAGUUCGGCACUCAAACUGGUAUGAAAGUUGGUGAUGAGGUGGACACUGACAGAGAUGAGGGGCCUGGGAUUCCCAUAGAAACCAAGAGGGAGGUCACAGAUGCGGGCAUACUGUACAAGUUUGUAAACAACAAAAGAGUCCGAGUCAAGAGUGCUCCCAAAGAGGAGCUCCAGAAAAACCGGGAACCGCCAGAAAAUCCAAAGAAGAGAAAGGCUGAGAAAAACAAAGGGAAGAAACUCUGGAACUACCAGAACAAGGCACUGAAAAAACCCAUAAAGCAGUCGGAGAGGGAUCCACUGUAUGAGAAGAAGAAAGAGGAGAGUAGGAUUCGUCGACAACAUCGGGAACAGCAACUAAGGGAAAUGGUGGAGAAAAAUCGGGACAUUAUACCCACAGAGAGGCACACCAGGACCCCAGGACAUUCCCGAGAUCACUCCCCUGUGUCCGACGGAGGCCGCACGCCCAGGAGCACGAUGAAGGAAUACAGUGCUUACAGUGUGAGGAGGGCCAAGUCCCACUCCCCCGACAGGAGUGAAUCUAGAACUGCCACUAGAACAAUCGAAAGGGCAGAGUCCCCCAUAAACAGGAAGUCCCCUGUCAGCCAUCAUUCUAUAUCCCCCGCACCCUCAGGGAGAAGAUCUCCGCCUAUCCCCGCACUGAGGUAUAGGGGCUCCGACAGGAAUUCCAACUAUUUGCCCAUAGACUAUGAUCCAGCGGGAUUGGGAACUAGAAUAGUGAGCAAGUAUAAUGAUACUGAUCCACUAGAAAUCCCAGUGGGUAACAGUCAGUUUGUGGCAUAUCACAGAACGGUCGAUAUUCUGGACCCUGCGAAGGCCACCUCUCCCAUGCCUCUCUCGAGAGAGGCAACCCAAGUGGCCAAUGCCAGGAAAGCUUACAUCAAGGGCAUGAAGCCUGGUAACUAUGGCAACAGGGUAGACAACUACCAGGACAGGAUGAGGAUGCCUAACGAACAGAGGCGAAAAGACCCCAUCCUGGACCCCUCACUAGUCACAGAUCAUCCAACCCAGAGGCAGGACGCCAUUCUACAACAACUCUCAACAAUGAGGGAGAACUUAAUGCAGAGACAGCGAGAACUGGAGACCUUCUCCCCUACAGAUCUGGAAUAGAGACACUUGUAACUGAAUCCUCGUACAAUGGACAAUAGGACUAGAGUUUAUACUUUUAUACAGAAUGUAUUUAUUGUGACUUCAUU